AGAAAAUAUCAAGGCAAAUCAUUUCCUGUUUCGGUCUGUGCUCCCCGACAUUGACUCAACUACCUCUAUCAAAAAAGCUGAAAAGGAAAAAAAGCAAGACGCACGAACAUCCGCCACACGCACACUACACAAAUACUUUGGUGUUUGCUGAACUGCUAAGAACAAACAAACCCGCACGAUCGCUCCAAAUUCUUCUCCUCCCUGCCCUAUAAGAAAUCUCUAUCUAAGAAAGGACCUCCUCACUUUAAACUAACUCGUAAGAUAUAUAUGUGUUUAAACGCUUAACCUUUAAAAAAAAGAAUACCUUCUCUAAUCAUCGAAAUUCCGUUGACACAGCAUUGCAUUCAACCGCAACCAAAACAAACAAACAACGAAAGGAAAUGAUGCCAGGCCGCCGCUGCACCAGCUCCGUUGAAGGCGACAAGGUAACCGUGGACGGCCGCGUCUACCCCAUGGCGUCGAGCAUCGUGGCCACCGAAGACGUCAUCCAGGCCAGUAUCAGGGCAGCCGCGCAGAAGAUCGCGGAAGCCUACCGCCCCCUGACUCACCGGAACACCCACCCGACCCCUGGCGCUGCCCCGGACGCCGCUGCUGUCAACCCACACGAGGCCCCCAUCAGCCUGGAGAACCCCCUCAUCCUCAUCUCUGUCUUGAAAGGGAGCUACAUCUUUACCGCGGACUUGGUGCGGUACCUGGGCGACGCGGGCCUACCGCACGUGGUAGACUUCGUGCGCCUCGCGUCGUACAACUCCGGCACCACGAGCACGGGAACCAUCUCCGUGAUGCUGAAGCCGAAGUUUACGAACCUGCAGGGGAAGCACGUGUUGAUCGUGGAGGACGUGUGUGACUCCGGCCGCACGCUGAAGUUUCUGCGCGAGCGUCUGAUCAAGAAGUACCAGCCGAAGUCCGUCAAGACAAUCGUGAUGGUGAACAAGGACUCCUCGGCGCGCAAGGUGGACUUCGAGCCGGAGUUCGAGUGCCUGAAGGCGCCGAAUGCGUACAUUGUCGGGUACGGGUUUGAGGUCAACGAUCGCUACCGCGAUGUGCGCCACAUCUUUACGCUGAAGGACGGCUUUGCGACGCGGUACCCCGCAAAGCUGUAG